CUUGGAUGAAUAUCUGAGUUUCCUAGAGAGAGGAGCAAGCCAACUAAGUCCUCGCUCCUCAUUCUUUUCUUUUUGUUCUCAGCGUCAGGGCAGAGCCAAGAGGAGAAGAAGAGGUGGAACAUCAAGUGGUUGGAGAAAUUACCAGAGGGAAACAGAGGAGAAAAGGAGGCUAAUUUCUAUUCUGAAAAGGCCCCUAGGCCGGCCUCUCGAUACCACCCGCUUUCGUCAACUAUUAUGCCCAGACCCCUCCUGUGAGGUGUGUAAUAGCACAACUGCUGAGAUCAAUCGGCUCCUGGAGGACCUGGAAGAUGAUACCGCCUCUGUGUCCUCUAUGGCUUCCACAGCUUCUGGGACUGAGUCAUCAUUCACUCUGUCCUCUGCCUUCUCAGAAGUCCCUCCAGGAGACCUAACACCAUCCCCUCCACCUGACCCUUCCCCACCACCCCCCUCCGUCCUCUCACCUAACCCAACGACACCCUUAGCUGACUUUCUUUCACCCUCACCACCGGGUCACUCUAUGCCACCAGAGCCUUUUCCUCCCUUGGAGUCCAAAUUCCCAGCAGACCAUUCCCCACCCCAACCCCUUGCCCUUCCCCCUCUCCCACCACAUGACACCCAGGCAACGGGUCCUAUUCUCCAACCAGAGGCCACUCUGUCUCUGAAUACGAUCUUCUCUCUUGACCGCACCCUUUCCCAAGAUAUUAACCCCUUACCAAAUUUGUCCCAGAUAAUCAAUCCCACUGAUUCACUGGCUUGUCAUCACACACCACCAAGCCUGUCUGUCUCACCACCGACAGACCACCCUUUAACUGUGACUCAAUCUAAAUCGGUCUCCAUCUUAUUGAAGUCUGUUCCAGAGAACUCAUCUCCAGAUAGCCCUGGUGGGUUGUCCACUUAUGUCCCAACAGUCAGAGGCACUGACCAUUCAAGCCUGUCAAUUUCAGAAUUAUCCUGGUGGCAAGCUUGUGCCAAAGACUUGUUCUUAGCACCUUCCACCUUGGCACCAUGUGAUUUUAAUCGAGAGUUUCUUGCCCUCCAUUCUUCAGAGUCCUCUCUGGAGAGACACCCUACAGCUAACCUUAUAGAGCCUGGUAACCUCUCAUUUCUCAGCCCUCAUGUCCUGGCACUCCUGGAGAGACAAGUCCGAAAGAGGAGUGAUUUCCUGAUGUGGAAGGAAAAGGAGAAGGAGAAGGGUUCUUUUCCAAAAAAGCUUAGGCCAAACUACCAACUAAAUCCUUCGGGGAAAAUGCUAGAGUCAAAUGCUGAUGAGUGUGACUCAGCAUUCUCCCUUCCUUUUUGGAGCAGUGCAGGCAAACCAAAGGAGCUGCACAUGCAUGAGCAGCCCCCAUAUCCUAAAAUCUUGGAGGACCAUUUACAGGAAAAAUGUAUGCAGCUCUUCUGGGGUCUCCCAUCUCUGCACAGCGAGUCCUUGCCCUCUGCUAUCCGUGACUCAAGUGACUGCACCACAAUCUUCCUUUUCAAUACCAUCUCAAAUGCCUCCAUGGGCCAAGAAUCCCCAGUACGUCUCCAUCGCCCACCUCCAUCCUUGCCUGAGAUCCAGCCCCAACCCUUGCCUCAAACCCUGCCCCAAUCCCAGCCCCUACCUCUCACUCAGGUCAAGUCCCAGGCCCACCUUAAAUCCCCACUCCCAAUCCUACCAUCUGGUCCUCUACCCCAGAUAAGGAUCUGUGGAGUGUGUCACCAUAGACCCCAGGAUGAAUCAGAGUCUCUCACCUCAUCUGAAAUUCAACAACUGGAAUGGAAAGUGUUGCAGAAGCAACAGGAAAGUUUGUGGGGUUCCCCCUCUGUAGUCCAAAGAUCUCAGGAAGAAUUUUGUUCUUCAGCUCCCAACUUUCCUUACCAUCAGGCCUCCCAGGCCCAUGCCUCCAUCUCCAUCCUUCCUGUAGAGUUUCCUCUCAGUGAUGAGCUGAGGAAGAAACUAGAACAUCACCUUCGAAAGAGGCUCAUCCAACACCGGUGGGGCCUGCCCUGCAGGAUCUGUGAGUGUCUGUCACUGAUGAUGCCUCCAAGAGAUUUCUCAGAGAUAGCUAAGUCAGAGAGCAAUCGUGGACUCUCACAGAUCUCGGUGAACAAAGAUCUAAAUGUUGGAUUGAGCCAAUCCAAAAGCUUCCAUGAGAGGGGUUCAGAACUGCUUCAGGUAGAGAAGGAGAUGGGGAAGGAUCGGGGGCACAGCCCAGAGAACGGCCCCAAAGCUCAUCUGUUGAGUGACCCAGAGAGCUCUUCAGAUAAGGAUCCGGCAUAUGACUCUGAGAAAGACCUAAAUAGUCACGUGGCAAGUCUGUCAGGGAAAAAUUCAAGGGCCUUGGAGGAAAGUCUAGAUCAGAAACAACUUGAAAAUGUCCUGAAAGCACAUUUGAGCAAGAAGUUUGAGGAAAUCAGUGAGGCUCGGCUCCCUGGGAUGGUGCGCAGUUCAUGGCAUGCCAGCAAGCAGACAUUGCUGCUUUCUGACAAAUCCCGCACCCAAAUAACACAGAGGAGUUUGCCACCUUCAGUGGGUGGGGACUCCUCCCUGAAUACCUUCCAGGAGCUUUGCUUCAUUGAUUCCAGUGCACAACAGAUGAUGGAAACCAUCUUUAAAAGCUUUCGUAUGAGAAUGGAGUGGGGCCUUCCCUGCAGGGUCCUUGAAUCCAUACAGGCGUUUAAAUUGGAAGAUGCUGCAUCCCAGUCCUUGACCUAUUUCUACUGUCCCCCCUCAAAUAACCCAACUUUGGAAGUGGACUCCAAAUCCGAGGGCUUCGAGCCCCAUAGAGGAAGCUCUAAAUCUGUUCUUCAAGAAAAAGCGGAGACAACAAAUUCAGCCCUGGUCCUGGAUCGUCUUUGCCCUGCUACUUCACCUAUGGGCAGGCAAGGACAAGGGGUGCCGAGACAAUCACCCUCUGGUAUCAACCAAGAGAUUGCAGAGGUUGUUCAGAGGAGGAAGGGUGCCAGGCAGACUCAUCUGCCUGUCACAUGUGGCAUCACAGGCAAAGCGAGUCAGAAAUUUACUCAGCUAGGCAACAGAUGCCCCCCAGAGCUGCCUGCAAGGCAAGCUGGUGCCAAACAUGAGACAAAGGAUGAGAGAGUGAGUCCCAGUGAUAGAAGAGAAGGGCGACAGGACAAAAAGAUGAAGUCGGAACCCUUUUCCGUGCACAGCACGGCCAGGGACAUAUUCAGGGCCAAGGAGCUCAACGCUCUGCAGUCAAAAACUGGUAAUGUGUUGACAACCAGCAAGCCAGGAAGCUCCCAAAGGAUACGUGAGAAUCACAGUAAAAUAGAAAUUACUGGGACCAUUGAAAGCCCUGCACCAAAAAGACAAGUUCCCCAAGACCCGAAGUCACCGGAUCUUAAGGAACAUCUGUUUAGGGAAUUAAAGUCGAAACUAGAGAAGAGGAAUCAGAGCCAGGUCCAAGGCCAACACACUGACAGGUCCCCUGCCUCAGAGAGCUUGACUUACAAGGCCUCACUGACUCAUGCCCACGGUGUCUCCAGUGGGGACAUGGGAGCUUCCCAGGUGCUGCAUGUCCAUCUGGAGGACACUGGGAUCAGCAGGAAGCAGCGGCAGGAGCCUUGGGUCCCUAAGAAAGACCGAAAGAGGUACGAGGAUAAGAAAUUCCCACCAGCUACAAUGAGAGUGAGCCCUCCGGGCACCAACAAAGAAGAGCUUGGUGGAGGGGAUGCAGGGUUGGGGACAUCCCAACCUACAAGAAAGAGUUUCCCUACUCAGAUCACAGCAUCAGAGGAGACGCUUGGGAGCAAGUCUUCCCAGACC